CAGCACCUUCCUUAGCCUCCAGCUGCAGCCCUGCAGCCGGUUCAAGAGCUCUUGCCUCUCCCUAGUGCACCUAGCCUGCCUGGCCCUGCCCAUAGGUGGCACACACACGGGUUUCAUGCCAGCUACUGUGCAGGUGAGAGGAGACAGCCGGUGAGAGCAGAGCACAGAGGAGGAGGAGGAGGAGGAGGAGCAUCAGCAGCAAAAGUUCAGCUUGGAAGAAUAAAAGCAGCUGUCAGAUAAAAGUGCCUCAUCGGACUGCCUGCAAAAGAAGGGAGAUCUGAUCAGCCAACUCUUUCUCAGCCUGUCCUCCAAGGGGACUAGGGCCUUGGUCAAGCAGGGCCUGGUGUCCACCACUACUUGACGCACCAUGGCGAAGGACGACAGCUGCGGCAGCCAGUGUGCCACCUGCCUGCUGUGCCUUUACAGCUGCCGUUGGACUCGUAACAAGAAGGGUCUGGUGACCAGCAAGUGUGACUGCGCCUGGUUCUUCUUCGUCUUCUGCGUGUGUCUUUUCGCCCUGGCCUGGUUCUACCUUGCCUUUGUCACCCUCAAUGAUUUCCACAAUCUCAAUGAAUUCAUUUUCCGCAAGACAGGGUGGUGGCUUGACUGGUCGAUGGUGAUGCUGUGUGGAACAACAACUCUGGUCACCUUCUCCUCACUGCUCCUGGUUCUGGCACUCUGCCUGCAGCUCUGGCACCAACCCCUGAAGCUCCAUUGGAUACACAAGGUCCUCCUGAUCCUGACAGCACUUGUGGUGGCUUCUGCUUUUGUGGGGGUGGAGGUUCAGUGGGAAGAGCAGUGGGAAAGUGCCCGGAUCUCCCUGCAGGCAACAGGCCCCUUCCUGCACAUCGGAGCUGUGGUGGGCAUGACACUGCUUGCCUGGCCAGUGGCUGACUGCUUUUACCGUACAUCCUGCUCAGUCCUCAGAACUCUUCUGUUGCUGUUGUAUCUGGGUGCAGUGCUUGCUCUGUACUUAGCCCCACUGGGUAUUGAUUCCCCCUGUCUUUUGGAGUACAGCCAGCUGCCCCCCAAGCCAGCUCUGUUCGGGCACCGGGGAGCUCCCAUGCUUGCACCUGAGAAUACUCUGAUGUCCUUCCGGAAGGCAGUUGACUAUGGUGUGAGCGUCUUGGAGACAGAUGUCCUGGUGAGUGCCGAUGGAGUCCCUUUCAUCAUGCAUGACGAGAAGCUCAUCCGGACCACAAAUGUGCAAGAGGUUUUCCCUGCUCAAGCCCAGUCCAAUGCCAGCUCCUUCAACUGGACGCAGCUACAGCAACUUGAUGCUGGCAGCUGGUUUCUGCAGAAGCCGCCCUUCCCCACAGCACGAAGCCUCUCAAAGGCAGAACGAGCUUUGGCACAGGAGCAGCGGGUUCUGCCUCUGAAGCAGCUGCUGGUUGAGGCCAAGAGGCACAACGUGUCCGUCAUGUUUGACUUGCGUCCCGAGGAGGAUCCCCACUACGAGGACCUCGUCAAUGUCACUGUGGAGACUAUCCUCCAUUCAGACAUCUCCCCGGAGCUGAUCCUGUGGCUGCCUGAUCAGUUUCGAGACUGGGUGAAGCAGCGGGCACCCAGGUUCCAGCAGGUCUAUGGCCGGAAGAAGCUGAGCAAUGAAACAGAAGAACUUCUGCGUAUUAACCUGCCCUACCAAAAUCUGAGCAGCACUGAAAUCCGGGAGUAUCGCCGUGACAACAUCUCUGUGAACCUGUACGUGGUGAACGCCCCGUGGCUCUUCUCGAUCCUGUGGUGCGCAGGAACCAACUCUGUCACCACUAACGCUUGUCAGGUGCUGCAGGGGAUGGAGCGCCCCCUCUGGCUACUGCCUCGUGCCACAUACCAAAUGAUCUGGGUUGUGACAGACUGCGUCUCCUUUCUGCUGAUUGUCUGGGCCUUCUUCUUGCUGAAAAAAUGGUCCCGAAGAAAAGAGCCACAAGGUUAUGACUCAGAUGUGCUCCUGACAAAGAUCCACAGCCUAUUGUCUGAGUGACAUAUCAGCACAAACAGAGCAUAGGCCCUGUCCUUCCCAUUGGUGAAUGGGCAGGGCAGUUUUCACCUUUCAAAAUGUCUUUUCUGGGGAUGGCUUCUGGCUGUUGCUGGGACCUGUUUGUGGUGGCCUCUGCCCCCUGGAGCCAAGAGGCACAGCUGCCACAUGGCCUCUGGGGAGAACAGCAGGACUUCUGCAAUCAUCCUGCAAUCAUCUCUCUCAGCAUGGCCUAGAUCCUGAAACUGCCGGGAAAGGACUGUACCAGUUGUGGCAAAGAACUGGAGAUUCCAUCUGAAGGUUUAAGUGUUGUCCCUGGUCUGGGAGGUGAUAGAAGUUUUCUUUUUUCUUACAUGCUUCUGAAACUGUUAUCAAUAAAACAUCCUGCAUGAUUUGAGAAA